GUGGGGACGGCAGCGUCCACGGCCCCUCGGAUAUCCAUCCCGUACUCUUUUCCAAGCCUUAGCGAGUCACCUGGAACCGGGAUCGAACCUCAGCAAACCGGUUCCACUGGGAUCAGGAAAGCAGAACCAGCAGAGAUGGAGGUGAGCGACGAGCGCGGGAUGGUCUGACACUGAGUGGGGUCUCGCACGGCAAGUGAGGCCUCAUGGUCGGAGCAUGCCAUGUUGUAGCGUGCUGAGGCAGUGGGAGAUCCGGCCCACGUCUGUGCUGCGGGGGAUCAAACACGCCAGGGUCCUGAUGUGGCAGUGGAUUCGGGGGCUGGUCCGGGCCUGCCGGCACAGCGUGGGGUAUCAGGUCAACUACAAUGGCCCCGUCAGAGAGGAGCGGGACAUCGUCUGCCUGGAGCCCAUGGGAUCAGAGCGGAUGGAGAUGCGAAAGAGGCAGAUGUCGGUGCAGCAGGAGUCGGCAGCGGGGGGAACCGCACCGGCCCAGCAGGACCAGCCGGGCCAGGCCAACCCACGGGGCUCGAACGCGUGCUGCUUCUGCUGGUGCUGCUGCUGUAGCUGCUCCUGGAAUGAAGACCGGGAUGAGAGGAACAGAAAAACAUCGUAUGAUGUCAAAGAAGGGACCGCAGACUGUGAAGACUGUCCCAAGCCCACCCUGGAGGAGGUGCGUUCGUGGGGACAGUCGUUUGAUAAGCUCAUGUCCUGCCCAGCUGGGAGGAACUCCUUCCGACAGUUUCUCCGCACCGAGUUCAGCGAGGAGAACAUGCUCUUCUGGCUAGCCUGUGAGGAGUUCAGCAAAGAGACGAAUAAGAGCAUGAUCGAGGAGAAGGCGCGGGUCAUCUACGAGGAUUACAUCUCCAUUCUUUCGCCAAAAGAGGUGAGCCUGGACUCGCGCGUCCGUGAGACCAUCAACAGGAACAUGCAGGAGCCCACCUCGCACACGUUCGAAGACGCCCAGCUGCAGAUCUACACGUUAAUGCAAAGAGACUCGUACCCCCGCUACCUGAACUCCCCAGCACACAAAAACCUGCUCAACUCUCUGUCAGAGCAGUCCCCCGAAUCUUAGGGUGGCGACGACACCACCUUUUAACGGUACCCCUCCCAGUCCUGAAUCCAUAUCCCUUUUUUAAAAAAGUGUUUUCUUUGUAUGUUCAGUGUAGGGUUACACGGGGGCGGGGCCUCAGGCCUGGCCCCUCCCCUCCCAGGGAUCUCAGAGCUGUUGCGAUCUGCACCUGACCGAAGACACUCAGGUCCUAAAAUCUCCCGAGGGCUCAACAUCACAAGUACUGCUUCAGAUCAACAUAGCAAAACUCUCCAAAGGAAUAUGAAACGCGUGGUCUCAGUUCUCUUUCUUUUGAUAGGAAUAAUCUAUUUUAUUUGUGUUCCAUUUUUUUAUGGUCUGUUGUUUUUUUUGUAUGAUUCUUUAGGGAGGGUGGUGUGUGUGUGUGUGUGGGCGGGGGGGGGUCAUUCCUAAUGUAGACUAUAUAUAUUUAUGAGUUUGUAAAUAGUAAAACAUGGAAUUGUGGGUAUUUUAUGUGGAAACGCCUGGUUCUCUUUACUGCGUAUGAAAAUCAAAGCUCAAGUCAAAAAGCUACACGUUAGCAGGCAGCUUUGUGGGGUAUCGUUUGGUUUUGACCCUCUUUCGUUACCUAACCUCACACUUUGGUACCUGUGUCCGUGACUUGGCAACUCCAGUUCAUGCAGGACCUGAGCGCGGCGGAAAACGGUGUUAUCCGGGGUCAUGGCGAGGCAAUAGAGCAGAGAGGGAACGGGAACCUCGGAUGGAGGAGACUCUUUUACAUUCAAGUGUCAAUAAAGUUUUAUUUAAUCGGAGCAAUUCUAUAUUUACCAGAGAAAGUAUUUAUAUUUAUCGACACAUUUAGAGAUUUUAUUCAAAUCUAAAACAAUUUAGAUCUUUCUACUUCAUUUAUUGGGUCUGUAAUUUUCCAGCACACAUCUUUCACGGAAGAUUUUGACGCUGAAAUAUUCAUGAUUCCUGGAUUACCAGAGAACAAAAGAGACGUUCAGUAUUUAUAGAAAUAUUCGGAUGAAAUUGCUGCUUGGUUCUUUUAACAUUGAUCUAGUUCAUCAAAGUCCCUUAAAGGAACAAGUGUGUUUUACAAUCUUUAUUCAGACAUAUUUACAGAAGGUGAUAAAUAUUUAAUGUGGCUCGAUGGUGUAGCGGUUGGUUCAAAUCCCAGUCAGAUUCUUUCUGUGUGGAGUUUGCAUGUUCUCCUUGUGCAGGUACUCUUAAAUGUACGGAGCCCCUAAAGGGACAGAGUAAAACUUUUUUUUUUUUUAUUGAAGUAAAAAGCAAUUCUGGUUAGUUCUUCAUCCAGUUACUAACCAGAAUUUUAUUUUCUUAAAUUUUUAGGGAAAAAAAACAUUUUCUGAUUGGUAACUGGCGUGCACCACAUGGUAACUGAUUUUUUACCCAAAAAUUUAAGUAAAAAAAAUGUGGUUAGUGUCUGGUGUGCUUUAGAUAGUAACUGAAAGAAAAUGUAAAUGAAGUUUUUUCUUUUUUUUUAAUUGAUGUGAAAAAAAAUCU